UCUGGCGGUUGAUAUGUUUUCUUACGCUAGGUUAGGUCUGGUCCCCUUUAUUGGUCGUCGCCUAAUAGGAGUUAUACUAAAAUAGCUUCCUGAUGUGCUGCAUUGUGUAGUGAUUUGUCAUAAUCGGUGGUUAUCAUAACCAAGAUUUUUCUGCUUUGCGCACUUUAAAAUGACAUCUACGAAGCCUGGAGAAUGGGUCAUGCAAGCUCUACUUCGUCAGUUAACCAACUUAGCCCAAUUGAAGAUUGAGAAAGCACUUGGAGAUGGUCAAGAAACAAAUCUCGUGAAAAGCAUGAAACUGAAUGAAGAUGCAGCCUAUGAACAUCUCAUAAGUGCUUUUGGUGUUGCUGCCGAAUUCGCUCUUCCUUCAAUCUUGUCUACACUUUCACUAUGGUAUAGAUCUCAGCACUCAUCUGGGAAAUAUUAUCAAUUCCACCAGUUUCAGUCUCUAAGUUCAGCCAAUGAGUACAUUGGAAACGCUACUUCAAUGGCAGUCCAACGUCCUUUAGCUAACGAUAGUAAUCACGUUGUUGAAAGCCAACAAGUUUCAUAUCUUGCUGUCAGUAAAUCAGAAAAGACUAUCAAAUGUGCCUCAGAAUCAUCUUCGUUGUCAAAAUCCCAUAAUUUACAUUUACCAGAUAUAUCUGUUCUAUUUGAACGACGUGAUCUUGCCAUUGAUAUUAUAUUUUGUCAUGUCAUGCUUGCAGUUUUAAAGCAAUUGCCUUUUCAUCCAGGCCAUAAUGAUGUUAUUGAAUCAAUCUUAGAGCAAUGUUUUGGAAGAUUCAACUAUAGAGAGGAUUUGCAGCCGAAAAAUAGUGAAAAUAUAAAUCUCGUAGCUGAUCUAUACGCAGAAAUUGUCGGACUGUUAUUCCAGUCAAGAUUUGCUCUGGUACGCCACAAAUUUAUGAGUUGUCUGAAUGAUCUGCGAUCUAAAGAAAACAGUCAAAAUAAUAGAGCUAGUAUUGUAUCUCUCAUAAUGGGGAUGAAGUUUUUCCGGGUUAAAAUGCAUCCAAUCGAAGAUUUUGUGAAAUGUUUCACUUUCUUACAAGAAUUAGGUCAAUACUAUCUGGAAGUGAAAGAAAUUGAAAUCAAGCAUGUACUCUCCGAUUUAUUUGUUGAAAUUUUAUUGCCAGUAGCUGCUGUUGCACGUCAAGAAGUUAACAUUCCAGCAUUAAAGACAUUUGUAGAAAAUUUAUAUCCAACAAGUUUGGAAUUGGCUAGUAAGAAGAAACAUAUCCCAGCCUUAUUCCCGUUAGUGACUUGCUUGCUGUGUGUUGGUACUAAGUCAUUUUUCUUGAAUAAUUGGACCAAUUUCUUGUCUAUCUGCUUAAGUCAUCUUAAAAAUCGGACUUCUAAAGUAGCUUUGGUCAGUUUACAAUCAUUAUCCUGCAUAUUGUGGGUUUACAUUGUACGUAUCAAAGGUGAAAAACAUACAGAAACUCAAACAAAAUUACACACAAUUAUCAAUAGUUUAUUUCCAAAAAAUCAGAAAAUUAUUCUACCAAAAGAUGCACCAAUCAAUAUAUUUGUUCGUAUUAUUCAAUUUAUUGCUCAUGAAAAGCUUGAGUUUGCCAUGAAAGAAGUUAUCAUUGAGCGGUUAGGGGUGAAUGGAUUACAGAAAACUUUGGUGAUGCCAGAGCGAAUAAAUGUAGGUAUAUGUGCAUUCCUGCUGAUUGCCCAUGGCCUUCAACAGAAGGAGGGGGAACCGCCCAUGCCUCAACAAUGCAUUGGUGCUGGAGGGGUUGGUGGUGGUUUUAGGCAAGCUGUUAUUAAACGCUCUUUUCAUGGUACCAAUUUGAAUGAAGCAUUGGGUUCCUUAUUAGGAAUACAAAGUUACUUAGUACCUGUUCGAAGAGCAUUCGAACAUAUUUUACGUCAGCUGGAUACUCAAGUUUGUCGUACAAUGAUGUUGCCAAAACAAGAAGUUACUCAAAAAGAAUUUGAUGAGUUAAUGACAGCAGACCGUAAACCUAAACUGGAUUUAUUAAAGACCUGUGUUGCCUGUAUUCCUCGUCUGCUUCCUAUUGAUAUGACUAAACAAGAGAUUUUAGAAAUACUGGCCAAAGUUUGUCUGCAUGUUGACGAAGACGUACGAAAAAUGGCACAGCAAGCUAUGGCCAACUUGAUAGUCGAACUACCAGCUUAUCGGGUUAAAACAAUACAAGUAUUUAUACAAUUUAUUCAGAAAAAUGUAGCUGAUACAUCACCUCACCAACUAGAUAGCUGUCUGAAGACUUUAUUUCAUCUAUUAAACAAUUGGAAGUUAGCAUUGCAAAAGGAUGGAGCCGUAACACCUAAUAUGGCUGAAAAAUCAGCUUUAUAUGAAGCUGAAGGAUUUGCUUUGGUUAUGUUAUGCAGUUGUCGUUUAAUUACUAGACGUUUAUCUGUUCAUAUUCUCAGGAAAUGUCGAGCUUUAUCAAAUUUAAUCCAAUCCGCUACUUAUGAUCAAACGUCAAAAAAUUCAAAUGAUUCACGGGAAUUGUGUUGUAUAGAUAUUUUAGACCGUUCAGUGCCAAUUAUUUUGAAAUAUCUUUUACCUAUAUUACCUUUAAGCGAAAGAUCCGCUUUGUCUUCAGUGUCUAACAUGGAUUUUUCUGUCUUCACGGAGCGCUCUCAUCCUGUUUGGUUUAGUGGUAGUACACUGCCUGUGUAUUCACCUGUGGUUUUACCAGCUAAUUAUUUGAAUAACACUCAAUACUCUGGUUUAAUGUCUAACAAUGACGUGCAACAAAGUGAGGAAGUCCGAUUUAAUGGUUUAUCAAAUCUUCACGAUCUUAACAAACUAAACAAUUGUAAUAAUAACAACAAUUGUAAUACUAAUAAUAGUCCAACUGUUGGAAAUCCAGUGACCGGUAACACAAAUGAGAAAUGUAAACCCGAUGAAUCUGUUGUACAGGAAUCAUUUACAAAAAUCGGAUGUCGAAUUUGUUCCAAUCUUCAUCUACCUCAUUUAUUAACCGGAUUAACUGAAGGUUAGUCUUUUUUUGGGUUUUGGUACUCGUGGAUUGCAAUUUUGACCUUUACUGUAAAGUGAAAAGGAAGCGAAAUUUAUAACAAUGAUAGUGUCGUGUCUAACAGCUAACUUGAAGCUGUGUAACUCAUAAACUGAAAUGCUUGAUAUGUAAGCCGUUCUCAAUUUUCUUGUUGUAAUUUUAUUCUCUAUGAAUUGUGGUGAACAUUUCAGAUAUGAGUUGUUAUGCUUAACAUCUUAGUAAAUGUAAACUAUAGAGAAGAGUGAGAGUUUGUAAAAUCUCUUGGGAAGUUUCGACAAUUCAAUAGUAUUCGUACUUCUUUUCUAUAUUUACUUUUACGUGAUCUUGUUCCUUGUUUGUUUCCAUCUUGAACUGUAGUUAGUACACAGGUUUCUAUACUUUUUUCCAUAUAAUCUCACGAAUUCAUUCAUAUUUUUUCCAGCAUUACAAUGCUCUCUUUACUGAUGAUUGAUUUAUUCUUCAUGGGGUUUAAGUUUUACUGUUGUUGAAUAUGCCAACAAUAAUUAUAACACUACUAAUUCUAAAACGUUGAAGAAUGGUACAUCGGCCUCACAUAGUCAUUAUAUAUUUGAAUAUCAUGUUCCUCGGUUAAGCAAGGGUAUGUUAAGGUCAGUUAAAAAUUCUUAUACUUGCUCAUCUAAUUGAUACGUAGUAUCAAGUAGACAUAAAUAAGGGCUUUCAAGUCAUUCAUAGGAUCCCAUUAAAUUACACGCCUGGUUUACGAACACGUCUUUUAAAUAUAGCUAAAGUAAUCGGCAUCCACUUUAACAAGCCCGACUCAUAUGUCAAUAAGAAAUUUGUUAAAUUCGGCUAUCACAAUAGCCAACAUUAUAGUAUAUUAAUAAUAAGUUAUUUCUUUCUCGUUUCCCAUUAUCUUUCGCAAAAAUAAUUUCUGUUCGCCUCCUGUUUUUGGAUAACAGUAACGUUUUUUUAAGCUUACGUUACUGUUAUUAAUUUUCGACUUCUUGUCAUAAGUUUGUCAAUUCUCUUAUAUCAUGCAGUUUAUUAAUUCUUUAACUACAUAUUCCAAUUCAUUCUUUUAUUACUCAAGAGAUUUAAGUACUAAUCACUUCAAACCAUCUUUUAGUCACUGUGCUCUUUUUGAAUUCAAAAUACGAAAUUUAGCGAAAAGAUCUAUUUUCAAAGAAUUUAUUGUCGAGUAAUACUUUUGAAUUUGUAAUAUUAUUAUCUAACAGACCAUCAUUUGCUUGGUAUUGAUUUCAUUGUUAUUGUUAGAUGUAUAUUUCAGUGUAGAACCAGUUGUAUACUUUUUUGACAGUAGUGUUGAAAAGUUUUCAGUGUUUAGAUUCAUAUCAAGGACGUGUUUUAGAUUUAAUUAUUUUAAAAAGAACUCUGGUUUACUGAGGGAAUUGUUUGUCUAUCAUAUAAAAGAUAGUUUACAGAAAUUACUACUUACACAUGUACAUAGUUGAUAAAUUAUCACUUAAUGCUUUUUUUAUCUUUAUAAAAAAAGCGAUACAUAGAAAAUCAGGUAAUAAUUACUUUGUGUUUUAGUUGUUUUUAUAACUCAUGUUAUGUGUGCAUUAUAAAUUGUUGUGUGGAUAUGCAGCUUUUUGGUGAGUUUGUUAUUAUCUAGACUUUAUGUUAUAGUAAGUGAUUCGUGUUCAUAUUUAUUUUAUUUGAACACAUAAAUAUUGGUACAAGAGGGCAUCAAAUAUAUAUGCGCCACACAAAACAAUGAGAAUUCGAAGGGAAAAAAGAAGGUAAGGAGCGU